AUGAAACGCAUUCCCAUUUGCUACUGCUGUUAUAAAAGCACUUGUAACUCUUUGAUGUCUCCUCUUAAUAGAUGCUGGGAGAGAAAUGAUGUUCCCAUUCCCUGGCGGGUGAUCAACUGGCCAAUCAUGGCAUCUGUCAUUAUAAACUUUAUUCUGUUCAUCAGCAUCAUUCGAAUCCUGGUCCAGAAACUGAGGUGUCCUGAUGUUGGUGGAAAUGAUCAGUCUCAGUAUAGGAGGUUGGCAAAGUCCACGCUUCUCUUGAUCCCUCUCUUUGGCGUCAACUAUGUUGUUUUCGUUUACAUCAUAGAAGAAAAUGGAGAGAUGGAAAACUACAAAAUAUUCUUUGACCUUGGUCUGGGAUCCUUUCAGGGCUUGGUGGUUGCGAUUUUGUAUUGUUUUUUGAAUAGCGAGGUCCAAAGCGAGCUCAAGAGAAAGUGGCGGAGUUUGCGUUUGAAGCGUUACAUCGGUCGCGACUACCGUCUGCACAGUUCAUCCAUAUCCAGGAACGGCACAGAAAACAUGGCCCAAUUCCAUCGGAACUCCAGAGCCCAGUCUUUCCUACAGACCGAGACCACUGUGCUUUACGCUGAAGAGGACGAGGCUUUCUGAAGCAUGAGAUUGACAUGCAGGAGACACGAUGAGGAUUCAGCACCUCUAUCUCGAUGUGUUGUCAGUACAAUGCAAAAUCUCGCUUGCCCACCAAAAUAACGUUAAACCAAACCUGAAUGAGAGUACUGGUGGCAUUAAAAACUAGAAUUCAGAUCACAAUAUAUAUUGCUUUUUUAUAAACAGUUUCAUAGCAUUUGGGGUCAGAUUAUAUAAUAUUGUUAUGUAAAUGCUACUUAAGACCCACAGCAAUUUUCUUAGAUGCCCAUGGAGACGCAGCGCCAUGCUAUCAACACAAAACACAGCCGCCACCCAAGAACAUGUCUUGGGUGAAUUCAAGAAGUGGGUCACCUCUAUACCAAACUCAAAUGUGAGGUUUUUAUAAAGAGGACAUUACUCCUGGAGGCAUCCAGAUUAGCCUUGGACUUAUUUCAGGAGAAUACGUCUUUCUUCAGAUACUCACGGACACUGAAAUAACCUGAAAAGACAGCCGUGCACUCAAAUGAAAAGUGUGAUUGUAAGAAAAAGCAAAAAUCGUUGCUCUGAUAUUGAACUGUUCUUGUUACGUAAUGCCAUUUUGUCAUUAUACGACCCUCUGGGAUUUUUUUCUCUUCUUUUAUACCUUCUGAAGAAAGCCACAGUAUGAAAAAGCAUCAACUCUCUCAGAUAUAAGAUUAUACCUGUUCCAGGAUAUGUAUAUUCUAGCAUGUGAAUGUAAUUCAUUUCUUCGUUAUUAUGCGAGGAGAUUCUUAUGAAUGAAGUUUUGUUGACAAAUAUGUGGCAUAAAUAUUUAGUUGGCCUCCAAAAAGAUCCAGUGAUAAACCAAACACGACUCGCUGUUAUUACUUCUCGAACUCUUUUAUUUCAUAUCCCACUGAUCAGUCGUUUCAGUGGAAGGUGUUUGUGAUUAUUUUGAUUUUGUGUUGCUCUGCCUCACAUUGUCCGGGGGGGUUGGGGAAUUGUACACUGCAAUGAAUCCUGCUGCCUGUGCUCUUUUCAUUCAACUGAAAAACAGAUAAUUAAUCCAGUAGACAGUUGGACGCAGAUUUAGGUCAAGUGAACUGACAAAACACAGCGAGUAUGAAAGUGACAUUUCUGCGUUCUGCGUUAUUGUCGCAAACGGAUUCUGGGAACCGCGAUCCACGGACCGGACAAUGGGUUGGAGAGGAGAUCGGAUCUCUUACAGCCGGGCCUGAAGAGCGAAAGGUCCCCGGGACACCACGUGCGAGGUUGCGUUCAUCUAAAGUGACACAGAUGCCGUGGGCAGGGGCAUUCAGCAUCAUUAUCAGACUGUCAGAGGGAGAAGAAAAGAUGGAGCUUUAAUUAGAGCUGGCAGAAAGGAAUUGUGUGUUGUAUAAAUGAAAUAUUGAAGGAGGGUUUCCGGGUUUAUUGUGGUGGACGGUCUGUGUCUGUGAAGAAUCUGGUGUGUUUGACAUGAUGUAUAAACUUUCAUGAUGUAAAUAACAUUGUGCACUUCUCUUUUAUUAUAUUUAACCGCUGAAACUUACAUUUUUGCUGAAUGUUUCUUGUAAACCGUAUUGAGAUUUUUCAUUAAAUGUGAACGUUUUUAAACCGUU